ACUCAGAUACUCGCGCGCGUGCUGGAGUACGCGUCCGUCCCAAAGGAAGCGGCUGCGCGCAAGUGGCUCGUCAGCAGGGCGUGGUUGCGCGCUCACGACACCCCCGCACUCUGGCGGACGCUCAAGCUCACAGCGCUUCCGGCCGACAAUGGGCGUGCGCACUGCACAUGCGCCGCGUGGGCGCGGGCGCCCCAGAGAUUGCGGUCUGUGGUCGAGCGGCACACGCGCUGCGUGAUGAUUACCGACGGCGGUCCCUCAGGCGCUACCCGUAUUUCCGAGGGACCCUAUCACCUGGGCAGCGGUCUCGCAGGACAAAAUUUUGCGCGUCUGGAUAAAGUCGUUUGUUGCGUGGAGUGCGGGAAUAGUGCACAAGGCUACGCCGCGGACCGCGCUGCGCUACAGCCCUUGUUCGGUGUUGCUUGUCUCAGUAGUUAUCUGAGUCAUCAUGGCGAUGACCAGACCUUCCUCUGCGCGGAGCGCGCCGAAGACUUCUUACAAAACUUUCCGAACGUUCGCCGUCUCCAGUUACCGGACGAAUAUGUGCCAAUCUUCAUGCGUGCGGAGCACGCGACUCGCUUCUUUUAUCACGGCCUCCUGGUACCGGACGAUGGCAACGGGCGUGGGUUCUUGGACCGCCAGCGUGUCACGCAACUGGUGGAGCUCAGCGGGCUCAGGGGCGCUUGCUUUGUCAAUGGAACUGUCCCUGCGAAUCUUCUGCCCCACGUGUUGCACCUAGUGUUAAACGAGUCCGAAUUGCAGAUUCAGAACCUGGAGCCUCUGUUUGCAAACGUCUCUGCGGCAUGCCCGGUUCUCGAAAUGCUGACGUUGACUAUUGAUAGUGAGUACGAUACUUGGCGCCUGCGAGAUAACUAUUCGGUGUUCGCGCACGCGCCACCGCGUCUCAAGGCGCUUAUCUUGUGUUUUGAUGGCGUGAAUUUACCAUGUGAAACGUCCGCGCAAUUUUUGGAGCUCGUUAACACGUACUUGCCGGCCGGCGUCCAGGUGCACGUCUCUGCCGUCAUUCAUAAGAGUUAUCGACGACGAGGGACGGAUCGUGCUCAGGGAUGGCGAGUGUUGCAAGACGGGGUGCCCCAAGCGCCCUGGGCGCCUGAUACAUGGCCCGUCCUAGGAGAAAGCUACGACGACGCGGCGCUCGCGCGGGCGUCGUUCACUCCCUCGUCAUGA